AUGGAAGUAUGUGGAAGUUUAAAAGGGCGUUUCAAAUGUAAAUUUUGUAACAAGGAGUAUGCAAGUGGUAUUUCAAGAGUGAAAUAUCAUUUAGCUUGCUUGAAGGGAAAUGAUGUUGGGAUAUGUAGCAAUGUGCCUGAUGAUGUCCAUGUUGAGGCACUCCGUGCAUUAAGUAAUAAGAAAGCUAAGACUGGGGAAAGUUCCACUGCAUGUAAUGUUGGAACUUCACAAAGCCCCCUAGAUAGUAGAGAACAUAUAGGUCAGUCUUCAAGUCUUCAACAACCAAGUGUAGAUGGAAUGUUUAAACAGAAAAGCAAGGAUGAAGUUGAUGAUGAUUUGGCUCGUUGUUUCUUUUUUAAUAACAUUUCCUUCAAUGUUAUUCAAACUCCUAGUUUCAUUCAGAUGAUACGUUUUGCUUCUUGUUAUGGUCCAAGUUAUGCCAUACCUAGUUAUUCUACAUUGAGGACCAAAUUGGUACAAAGGGCGAGGAAGGAUAUUGAAGGAUAUGUUGCUUCAGUUAAGGAGUCAUGGUCUACUACAGGAUGCACUAUUAUGUCUGGCAUAUGGACUGAAAUGAAAGAACGUUCCUUCAUUAAUGUUAUUGCAUAUUCACCCAAGGGGGCUGUUUUCCUCAACUCUUUUGAGUGCUCUGAUUCUUCUAAGACUGGACUAUUUCUUAGAGAAAUACUUGAGCCUAUAAUAGAGGAAAUUGGAACAGAGAAAGUUGUUCAACUUAUCUCAGAUAACACUUCCAACUAUGAGGUUGCAAUCUCUUUGAUAUGGAGAAAUAUCCACACAUUCAUAGGAUAA